CGUGUGAAUGAAAGUGUGUGAGUAAGCAGCAAUGAUCGGCCUGUCACUUCCAGCAGGUGCUCGGUAUGCAAAGCAAAGAGGAUGACAAAACCAUAGAUGGAGGGAGCAGGGAACUGUUUGCUACGAGAGAGAGGAGCAAAAAAAAAAAAACCUUGUUUGUGCUGUUGAUGGUGGUGGAGCAGAGACAGAUAAAGAGGAUAGAGAGGGGAAGAGGAGGGGGGAUAAACAUGGUGAUGGAGAGGGAGUGAGAGGGAGCGAGAGGGGGGAGGAGCAGAGAAAUGAUUCCUCUCUAAUCCUCUAGACACACGCUCGGUCUGGCUGCCUCCUGGCUCAGAGAGGAAGAGGGAGACGGAGGCAGGUGAAGGCAAACGGAGAGAAACCAAGAGGGGGAAAGGAGGGGGAGAAAAAGCAAGAUGAAGGAAAGAGAAGAAAGCAGAACUGCCUCUCUGCAUGCUGCGCGCUGAGACGGGAGGGGAGAGCCGCCGCGAGAGCCAGAGAAGCAUGCAAGUCUCUGAGUGUGAGGAAGGAGCCUGAGGAGGAACACGAUGCUUGAGUCCUGCUGUUCCUGAACCAAACCGGGAGAGUACGAAGGCGCAACAGGAGGGAGGGCGAACAGAAGGGAAACCCUUGAGAAAAGAAAUAGAAUAAAGCGCAAGAUCAAGAGAAGCCCGGGAAAAGAAACGCGACGAAGAGAAUGGAGGAGAGAAUCACAAGCAAGGAAGCAGAUCCUCCGGCAGCCCAGCUCACAUGAACGCGUGGAGCCGAGCCUGACCAAACUUACUACUUCAAGAUGCUGUCAAAGAACGAGCGUGAAAGGGCGGAGUGUUGGUGAUGGAUGUCCGCCUGCACGCACCGCUGCUGCUUCUUCAAACUGAGCAGGAGUAGAUGAAAGCUGCGCUCUCCUCUGAUCCAGGCUCCUUCACACCUGGAGAUCCACCGGAAGCCACUCGCUACCUCAUCUCUGCACAACAAGUGGACUUUGAGCACUUUAUCACCGGCGCUGCUUGUUCUCCCGCUGGCUGGGAAGCCCACUGGGGUGUCACUCCUGAUUUCCUCGGCCCAGUGGAUGCCUUCUAGCUCUGACCAUGGGAGAAUGGACCAUCCUAGAGCGCCUCCUGGAGGCUGCUGUGCAGCAGCACUCUACUAUGAUUGGAAGGAUCUUGCUGACGGUUGUGGUGAUCUUCCGUAUCCUGAUUGUGGCCAUUGUUGGAGAGACGGUGUACGAGGAUGAACAGACUAUGUUCAUAUGUAACACGCUGCAGCCAGGCUGCAACCAAGCCUGCUAUGACAAAGCCUUCCCAAUCUCCCACAUCCGCUACUGGGUCUUUCAGAUCAUACUGGUAUGCACUCCCAGCCUGUGCUUCAUCACCUACUCCGUCCACCAGUCAGCCAAGCAAAGAGACCGGCGUUACUCUUUCCUCUAUCCCAUAAUGGAGAAGGACUACGGUGGACGGGACGGGGCGCGAAAGCUGCGCAACAUCAAUGGUAUUCUAGUCCAGCAUGGUGGCGAUGGAGGGGGAGGGAAGGAGGAACCCGACUGCUUGGAGGUGAAAGAGAUCCCCAACGCUCCUCGGGGUCUCACCCACGGCAAGAGCUCCAAAGUUCGGCGACAGGAAGGAAUCUCACGCUUUUACAUCAUUCAAGUCGUGUUUCGAAAUGCACUGGAAAUCGGCUUCCUGGCAGGCCAGUACUUCCUUUAUGGCUUCAGCGUGCCUGGGAUUUUCGAGUGCGACCGCUACCCCUGCCUCAAGGAGGUGGAGUGCUACGUGUCCCGGCCCACGGAAAAGACGGUGUUCCUGGUCUUCAUGUUUGCUGUGAGCGGUAUCUGCGUGGUGCUCAACCUGGCCGAGCUCAACCACCUGGGCUGGCGCAAGAUCAAGGCCGCCAUCAGGGGAGUCCAGGCCCGCAGGAAGUCGAUCUGCGAGAUCCGGAAGAAGGACAUGGCGCAUCUGUCCCAGCCGCCCAACCUGGGACGUACUCAGUCCAGCGAAUCCGCCUAUGUCUGACAAAAACAUUGAAAAUAAAAGGAAAACAAGAGGGGGGUGGGAGGUGGGAUGGUUGAUCAAGAGGAAAAAUAGAUAACACAUUUGGUGUCAAGCAAGGCAAUCAGUUUUCUGUGAUGGUGGAAGAAAACAGAAUGUAAAAUGACCAAAAGUCUGGCUCUGCAGCUUUGAAAGUCAAGAGAAGGAGGCAGAGGACUAAGAACAUGAUAGUCCAAACCAGGACAAAAGGUUUUUCUCCACAGAAUGGACUUAAUUAACACAAUGGUUUCAUGAGAAGAUAUUCCUACCAUUUUAUAUGUCUGUCUUUUAUAACUAAUUACCUUCUAUCCUCUGUAAUGAGAAAAAUCCAACCCUCAUGGGGCCAGAGAGAGAAGAAUGAGGGGAAAAAAAGGGUUUGAAAGAAGAUGGUGAUGAUGUUCUCUUGGGAAAUUGGAAAAUGACUGAGGUGUGUGAUGCAUCUGAUGGUGCUUUUCAUCUGGACUUCAUCAGCUUCCCUUGAAAGAAUUGAGGGAAGGGGGAGGGGGGGCAGGACAGGGGACGGGACGAGGAGGAGGAACGGCAACAUCAUUAAAAGAGGAACGGAAGAACUGUCAGGGUCUUGACAAACCCUAAAGCUGCUCGAGGGGAGGGGGGGGGGAUCAUCAAGCUGUGUGAGAAACAUAUAAUACAAAAGUGAGGAGUGAAGAGAGGAAGCAUUUUUCCUUUCCGAUCCUCUCUCCGUCAGAGCCAGACUGAAGCCAGGAGAAACAGAGCUGCCUCCGAACAUUAUGUCUCGCCUCUGCUGGAACAUCGACACAGGCCAAACCGAGAGAGAAAGACUGACGAUGUUUAUGCUUUGUCUCUUGGCAAAAGAUGAUUUCAACACAAACACAGCGACUAGCUACCAUAAACACUCUUUUCUUCACCUCCUCUCCACCUCCCUCUCUCCCUCUCUCUCAGCUGGCAGCUAUAGAGACAGGGGGCAGGGAGGGACGCGAGUGACAGAAAUAACCCCUGCUGCUCUCCUGCUGCAUAAACUUUGAAGAGUGAACAAAUGGACAGACGGAUGGUUAGUUUGAGUCUCUCCUAAAGCACAAACCAUACAAUCCUCCCUCCAGCAUUUCAGUGUGCUAGCAGAAAAAAAAGAAAAAAAAGGAGAGAAGGAGAACUAAUUGGGGAGGAGAAAUUCAUCACCUUAUUAUAACUUCAAACUAUUUUUUUUUACAACACAACACUUAAGAUUACAUUUUUGCUUUCAAAAACAAUGGUGCCAUCCAGAUACUUCGAUAUUCUCUAACACUUACCUAGAGUACGACCUGGUUAUAUUAUUUAUUCAUUCAUAGCAUAUCCAAAUAGAUUUAUUUAUCUUUGGCGACAGGUUGGAUGAGAAGUUUAUUUCAAACGUACAAACUGUUUGUCUCUUUUCAUUUUUUUUUUCCAUGUGAAGCAUUUCUCACUGGUCUGGUUGAUUCAUGAAUCGUAUGGGGGGUGGGACGGGACAAGUUGGCAAUUUUUGUUAUUAAAUGCUGAGAGGAUGUGCAGCUGAUUUUUACUUUUUUUUUUUUCGCUACUCUUCAGACUAAAUCUGAAGUGAGUGCAGAUCAACAGCACUUGUAUUUUUCCAACACAUAGCCUUGACUUUUGUUUUUCUUCCUUAAAAUCAGCUGCCCACCUUCAGGGCACUUAAGGCCUGUGAGCCAUUUGAUAAAGGCAUGUUUACAUGAAGCAGUGUUUCUUGAAUGAUCAAGCUGUGUAACAGUUAUGUAGCUUCUCUCUAAGGGACCGUGAUGUUUUUCAGUCUCAGUGGAUUUAAUUUAGCUUCUUUUUUUUUUUUUUUCCCUGACUGGAUUUCAGCAUGCAUGCAGAGUUAAAGAAAAUUAAGGGAAUGAUAUGAAAGACAAGGAAAAAGAUGACAGAGAGUGGUGCACCUUGUUUAAUGCAGACAGGAGGAAGAGUGGCAGACUGUGGGAACCCCCUGUUGGGAUGAUGAUUGUGUUUCUGGGCCCUCACAGAUAUGCGCAAAUGCAUAAUUUAGAGUGCAGAGCAAACACUGCGGGAGCUGAAGAAACCAGAUAUAGAGACAGUUCAGUGAACCUUACAUUUUAUAUUCUAAAGAAGUUUUCAGCCAGGACGGUGUGCUUCUAUCACUCUUCAGGGUCGAGCCUUCGCUGACUGAGUCAAUCAAAUGCUCAAGUCAUCACCUUCUCCCCGCGGAGCUUCGGCAUCCCAUCUUAACACAGCGGAUACCCUUUAGCCUCACAUUUCAACAUGUAAUGUGACCUACUUCCUUCAAACGGUGGUGCGUUUAAAGUCCAACAAACGCUUUAGAAAUGUAAGAUACUAGAAGUGUAUAAUGAAAAUAAAAAUAUUGGGUUUCAAACUAGUUGAGGUAUAUACUGACACGUUUUAAUUUUGCUUUCCAUUAGUUACUUGAUAUAUCACAGCCUGGGUUAAAAUAUACAAUUUAAAUAUGUUCAACACAUGUUAGAGACUUUUUACAAGCAGGGACAGGGUAAGAUCAUUUUUUUCUGAUAUAAUAUAUAUUGGUAAAGAAGUCAACAUGUUGAAAUGAAAGUGAGUGAUAUCAGAUGCAAACAGCUAAAUCUUAAAACAAAAUGUUAAAAUGAACACUUAAAUAUGAAAUAAGUAGUCAUGGCCGAUAAUUCUGGAAGCGAUUGCAAAGUGAAACCACCAUGAUCUUGUGUUGCUGCAGAUCUUUUUUCUUUUUUCUUUUUUCUUUUUUUUUUGCAGAUUUUAUUUUUAUUUUAAUUAAAGCUAUACUAAGUAAAACAAUUUCCUAAAUGUUAUGAUAGUUCUAUGUCAAAAAAAUGUUUCAUUUAUAUAAAAAGAUGUAAAAAUUUGCCCGAUUACAUUAAAGAAAUACUACUGUGACAUUUAGCUUAUGGCUAAUGGUGCUAACUGCUCAUAAAAGUUUCUAAAAUGAUUUUUAAAAAGUCAACUGUUCUUAAUUUCUUUUCACUAAAAUACUAAACUCUUGUAUUCAUUUUAUUAUUUAGACAUAUACAGUUUUGUAAAUCAUUUUUAGAAGUAUUUUUUCCCUCAAAAAGCCACAGAGUCAACAAGAACAACUAAUUCAGUUCUAAAGUCUGUUGGGUGCCGAUAUUUGCCCUUAUCCCUUCAAUCCAAUUUGCAGAGUUAGCUGCACCAUAAGUAUAUAUUAAUAUGGACAUGAAAGGAUAAAUCUGAGAAUUAUUAAUGUUGUAAAUAAAAAUUUACCUGAAAUUAUGCACAUAAACUGCAGCAGAGUAGUGCCUGUGGGAUUUAUGUACAAACAGGAUAAAAAGCACCAGAACGAAAAUGAAAGACUCGAUGUUGUGUGCAUCAGGACCCAUAAAGCCUGAAUUGUAGCAUCUCUAAAUUACAGUGUUUUUCUGAACAUUUUAGCCAAAACUCAAAGCGGGACCACCGCUUUACAUUUAUCAAGCAACAGAGCACAAUUUAUAUAAAGCACACAUUUAAAUAUGAAAUCAAAAUUUGAAGUAUAUAUUUUAUGCUCAAGCUAAAAUCUGUGCGGCUGCACACAGAUCCUUCUCAGGAUCUACUCCUUUAUGUUGCUAACAAAGUAGCCCUACAUGUAUCAGAAAGACAACAGUUGGUUUCUGCCAAUAUUCAGCUGCAGAUAUCCCCCCCCCCCAUUGACUCUAUUCUCCAUUCCUCACCACUGUCAUAAUCUCCCGGAUUCUUACAGGUGAUUAUCUCCAGAUUUAGUUUCCUCCGAGGAUGUUUAUGGGGCUCAGUGCCAUUGGUACAAUCCUCUCUGGGUGCAAUAGGAAAGGACAAUUUCUCUGACAUGACAUGCUGGAAUGUCUAAUAAUAGAGGUUGGGUUACCUAUUACUUACAGUGCUUCUAACGAAAGCCUACGUCGUGACCUCGAGCUUAAAAGCCGAGCCAAUGUCCUGAGCUAUAUGCAGAGUGUCUUCACAGUACCACCCUGAUCUAAUCUCCACAGACUCCAGGUCAGAGCUAGUCCGAGUCCUUUUUUUUUUCUUACUGAAUGGCACACAUGCACAUGCUCAACAUGCACUUCUCCUGGGAGAAAAAAAACAAAAUCAUAAAUAUAGAUAUAUAUGUAUGAAUGUAAGAGCUGGCAGACAGAGUUCACUUGUGCUCUUGGGUUCUGUGGUUAUGUCUGGUUUCAUUCAGGUCCGAAACACAAACAUAUCCUUAAAGUGAGGAGACAGAGGGCCAUAAAUGUGUCCUGCUUUUCUUCGGUUUACGUUUAUCCAGCGUUCAUUAGUGACUCAAGCCUCCUGUGGUUACACAGCCGCGGAGUUUGUCACUCUCACUGUAAAAGCAGUUCCUCGUCAACAGUCUACUACUCUUCAACACUCUGCUUUUCUAUUUGUCAAUGUGAAUUCAAUUAUGCAACCUUUUUAUUCUCAUUUGCUUCUCUUUUUUGACUUGUGGGUUCAUUUUGUUGUCUGUUGCUCUUUUUGUGCAGUGGCAUAUAAAAAAAAAGAUAUUUUUUAUCUAUGUAAAUGAACAAUUUUUUUUUUAAUUGUGUAAAAUCAAGGGUAGAGAGUUGAAAUAUAAUAGCAGAAAAAGAUGUUUUAUUUUCUCCCUUGCCAAAGUGAUAUGCAAAGUUUAGUUCAUUUACAAAGAUCUUUUUUUGACUGCAUGUGUGAAGGCUAUUGUAAGCAUGUUUCUAUGUUUUCUUCUACAGAACCUUUAAGGAAAAACUUUUAUAGUCCAAGUUAUGGAGCAAGGCUGUUAUGUCUUCAUGCCAAGUGCAUAUUUUAAGGCUCCAGAUCGUUUGAUCCCUUCUCUAUUUUGUUCAUUUCGUACCCAACUUUUCCAGGUUCAAAGUGUUGCUAUCUAAUUUUUAAGAUUAAACUCAUAGUCUUAUGAGUAAGAGAUUAUAUGAAUCCAGUGACUAUCAUCUACCUGCAGGAGGUCACGCAGGAAAUACUUUGGUUUGAUUUGGGGUGACCAGUGAUCAGAAUAAAUGCAAAUACAAAGUUUUCUGAAAAUAAUACACAAAUUAGUUUAAUUAUAUAUGAGAUUUAAGGAUUUUAUGACUGUUUUAAAUUUUUUAAGUACUUCAGUAUAAAGAAAUAUAAACACCUGUUAUGGGUAUGAAAUGGCAACAUGUCGGUGCAAACUGGUGAGGGGACGAACUGACUCUGAGCUGUACUUUAAACAUCCGAUUGUUCAGAUCGCAGAGUCAGGCAGAAUAUACCAAAACAGUGAUGUUAAAGCUAUCUUUCCCACAAAACAUAGAUAACUUAUUCAUACAGUUAAUGUUCUACUUUGUGGAAUUUGCACAUAAAUAUAUAUAUAUAUAUAUAACUUUAAAAGAGUAGUAGAAAAUGUUCUAUAUUCAUAAACCAGUUGCUGAAAUGACUUACUGUAAAAACACAGGGUACAUACCAAUAUAUAGUCAGUGUAAAGGUAAAUGGCUGGCACUGGUAGAUGUCAGACACUAGAACAUUCCAAGGUUUCGCUUUGAGCACAAUCUGCAUUUUUACCUACAGUUUGUAGAGUUUUAGUUAAAGAAUAAAUCCUCAGUGAAGUACCUUAAGGACAAAUUGUUAGAGUACUGUUCACAGACAGCAGACUCAGGAAAGAAAACAGUAUUAAUCUGUCAAAAUGCUGUUUCCACUUCUCACGAUAUCUUGCACUAAGCCCACACAUGUAAACUGUCCUCUAGCCUGAGCUUUUGCUCACUGGUGCUUUUUUGAUCUUGGACCCACUGAGACACAUUUCCUUCAGUCCAGCUAAGUACUGCCCAAAUAUACAGGUCAUGUAGCAAUGGAAGCCUCCUUAAAAAACAAAAAAAACACAGAGCAAUCAGACUUUUUCAUUUUGACUGUUACUAACCAGUGGGCUUAUUGCAUUAUAGCCUGCAGCAGGUAAUGUAAUUUACAUCCAUCUCUUCGGUUAAUUUAUACUGCAGCACAGUAGCAAACCAUUUGAAUCCUCAGGAAUGCGGCAUAAUGAGCUGUCUCAUUCAUUAACACGGAUUGUACUGCUCCCUCUACGUUACUCUUUAAGCUGCCGCCAGGAGGACCUUAGAUUAACUUAGUAAUCACAUUAUGUAGCCAAUCCUAAGGGCUCCCAGCAAGUUUUAAAAAAACGCCCGUCAUUAAACGUCAAAGGGCUUCUUAUUCAUUCCAAACUAAAAAGCCAUAUUAAAAAAAUUUAAAUCAAACUUGACUCGCCACAUUAUUUUGAAAGAGCACAAUGUGAGUCAAGAUUAAUCACAAUCAUUUGUGCUUGGACAUUGAAAAGUUCUUCGUAUUUAAAUGGGAAAUUAGAUAUCUUGUUUAACGUGAAAAGCUUUAUUAUGUGCUUUGAUUAAUGGGGAAAAAAAGGUCAUUUAAAAAGCUUCUUUAUACAAACAUUGAGCUUUAUAUUUCAUCAUAUUGUCAAACAAAAAGCUCCCACCUCCCCUCUACAGCCCUGACAUGCAGCGCCUUGCACAACUAGCCUUACCUUGUGAACUUUUUCACAUUUUAUUAUGUUAAACCACAUUUUACUGGGAUUUUAUGUAAUAGACUGACAAAAGUAGUGCAUAUUUGUUAAGUGGAAGGAGUAGAAUAUGUUUUGAACAGGUUUUUGCAAAGAAAAAUCUGAAAAAUCUGUUUCAGCUUAAACACAAUAAUGCUGUGAUCUGAAGCGUCCCAUUGCAGAGUUGAGGUCACUUUUCUUGCUAGAAGGUGAAUCUCCACCCCAGACUCAAGUCUUUCACAGUCCAGUAAGUCUUCUUGUUUCCCCCCACCAACCACACCAUGAUGCUGCCACUACCAUGUUUCAGUGUGUGGAUGGUGUCUUCAGAGUGUCUCCUGUGGUCAGACAGUCUUCUUCCAUGUUUGCUGCUUUCUUAUGGCUCUCUUUCAAUUGUGUUUUUUCUCUACUUGAUAAAUGUGCAAAAUCAAUAAUCAUCCGUCAACAGGAUUCUUCCAUCUGCACUGAAAAACUAGAAUGGAGCUCCAGCUUAGAAAAAUGUGAUAAUUUGCUACAAGUAAUUGAAUGAAGUUUGUCAUAUUUACUGUAACUGCAUUAAUAAUCAACUUAGAUAAAUUCAAUUUGGCUACUUGUGACUAAUUAAUGCAACAGAUUUAAGUUCAAUCACUUGUUCCCUUUUGUAAAUCUUCAUGCCACAAUUUUUACAUUUUUAGUUGUGAUUAAGAAAUUUUAAGAAACCACCAAUCAUUUUCCUUCCACUUAACUUGUAUGUGCUACUUUUUAGCACAUAAUUGUCAAAAGUUCAACAGGUCGAAUGGUUAAAUACGUUACCUGGAUAUGAAUAUAUUUGCAAGGCGCUGCAUACUGAUGCUCACAGGCUCAACUGUAACCCUUUCAGCAUUCAGGAAUCCACCCUCUGGGCUAAUCUGCCAUGAUAUGAAUUGUGAUUACUUUGUCUUUUUACACUAACUGCAGAGGCUGUGAGAGCGCACUUUAAAUCAUUGCCCAGAUCUCACCAUCCAGCUUUUACCCUCUGUAAAAUCAAAUGGUUAGACUUUUUGAGACACUGAUCCUAAAUAUUCCUCAGGUCAAAUCUCACCUUUUUUGACCAUGACAUCACAAACCCCGGAGCACGGUACCUUUGUGUCACACUGUGAAUAUCGGCGGGAUGAAGGCCUGAAUGGUUACAUGUGAGCAGAGCUGGGGAGCAAAGUGAAAUGUUGCCAAUAUUUGGCAUCCUGACAGAUGAAUAUUUAGGAUAUGUGAAAGAAGAGAUAGAUUUCAACCCUUGGAAAUUACAUUUAUCUGCGACAUCUGCUUGGAUGUAAAACUUGGACUGAACACACAAACGAUGUACUGCACACUCAAACACGCUCACGCUUCGUGACCUUCAUUAAAAAGAUUUAACGUUCAUGACUGCAGAUUAGAUAAUGUAAGCAACGGACCUUUCUUAAAGGUCCACUGUAUAUUUCUGACUGGUGUACUGUAUGGAAAGCCUGAAUAAAACCUUGAAUGUUAUUUCAA